AUGGCUAGAGUAUUUUGCAUCAGUGGGCGGAAUAUUCCAGUCACAGCUGGUGGUGAGCCUGGGACUUUGAAGUUCAAGGGGAAAAUUGACAGUGGAUUUCGUUCCCGAAAUGCGCUUGGAGCUCUCUAG